UUGUGCAACACUGUCACUUUCUCUGUCGUAGUAAACAGAAGGAAAAUCAAAGCGAAUCUGAUUGAAAAAUCGCAAUUUGCAAUAAAAUAGGGUACUCGCGUGUGCAAAUAUUAGCGCAAGUCGAAAACCGAGUGAGAAGUGGGCGGUGAAAAAUCGGUGGGAGGUCUACGUCGUCAUUGCCUCCCCCUCUCACUUCCCCUUCUCUUAACACCUCGCUCGCUCUGUUUUGAAAGGCCUGAAAGCAUGUGUGUGUGUGUGCCUGUGUAUGAGAGUGUAACGGAGUAACUGUAACAGUUGCAGUUUACCGUUGCAAAGGAGCGGUUUCAAGAGAUCGUACCUGACAUGGAUGACACGGAAUUCAUGUUCAACGAGAAGCAAUCGAUCCGGGACUCCUCGCGCACCUUGAAGCGCUAUGGGAGCACCUGCUGCAACAGCCUGCGGAACAACGAGACUCUCAUCCGGCACAUCGUCGAGAAGACGGACACGCUGCAGGGCAUCGCCCUCAAGUACGGAUGCACGACGGAGCAAAUAAGACGGGCCAACCGCCUGUUCGCGUCGGAUAGUCUGUUCUUGCGUCAGUUCCUGUUGGUGCCCGUGGAGAAGAACUCACCGUACUAUCCCCAGGUGCCCGGCGAUCCGCUAACCGCCUUCGAUGCCGUGCUGGCCACGCCGCCCGGCACCCCGGAUGCCAAUGGCCAGCGGGAGGCCCACAACAAUGCCAACAAUCUGAGCAAUCAGAGCAACAACAGCUUUAUGAAGAGCAACGACAUCAGCAGUAGCAGCAGCAGUAGCAGCAGUGGCAGCAGCAGCAGCUGCAACACAAGUGGCUCCGGAGGAUCGCGUUCCGGCGGCAACAGCCAUCAGCAGCACCAACAGCAGCAGCAGCCGCCACAAAGGCCGUACUCGAUUGCCGGGGAACUGCUGGUGGUGCAGGCCGGAGACGAGGAUCCAGAGAUGAUGCACGGCCACGGUGGAUGCAGCGGCAAGCAGAGCAAGAGCCUUGAUUCGGUGGCCGCCAUGACGCCCGAGGAGGAGAACCGGAAGUGCAUGAACGACUUCCUCAACAAGAUCGACAACACCAUUUCCGAGUCGCGCAAAUAUGUGGAGCGCUCCAAGGACCUGGUCAGCAGUCAGAGUGACGCGGACAUCUGCAUCAGCGGCACCGCCGACAUUUUCCCGCAGCGCCGCCAUCCGCUGAACAACUCCUACAAGACCAACAACAACGACCGUCCGGCGCAAUACCAGCGGCACAGUUCGACGGGCAGCGGGAACUCCUCGGAUACGGCGCACCUGCUGAACACGACGCAGACGAGGCGCGUUCAGAACUCACUGAAGCGACUGGAGAAGCAGCAGGACGACUUCUUUGAGUUGUAGCAUCCGCAGCUGCGGGUCGAAAUCUAGCCUAAUUACGCUGAGAGUUAAUUUUACAAAUCGUUUUUAAUUGCCGCGCAUCGGGAGGAGAUGGCGAUUGUCAGCAUGUUACAUCACACAGAAUGCCGCACUCUAUAUGUAAUAUAAAAUAAUGAUAUCUAUCGACACGUAUGCGCGAUACCUUACCUAUACGAUUAAACAUAAAUGUAACUGAGCUAAAACCUAAACUAAUCUAAAUACUAAGCGCUGCGCUAUGUAAACCUGUAGUACGAUGACAAGGCAGUUCUGUUCCCGUUCAUUUGAUCUUGUGUCAGCCCUGUAUAAUUGCCGCCAAUUUGCUUGCAAGAUCCGAUCUGAUCCGAAUCGAAUUGAAUCGAAUCAAAACCGAUCCGGAAGCCCUCUGUUCUCCUGUCCGCCCCUCCUGCCCCCUAUUAUGUUUACUUUUUGUAUGACUCUAGCUUUAAUCACACUGUGUAUAAUUUAGUUAUGAGAAUUAUUAAUGUUAAUUGUAUAUAGUCGCCAGCAACACAACAACAAUUCACUGGACUGCUCUUACAGCUAACACGAAAUUGGCCAACUGUUGAAGUGUAUUUUUUAAUUUAUUCUUUAGCUUUCCAAAGUAUUAAAACCGCAACUGAAAAUAAAUCCUGUUCUUUACAAAAUUGUAACCUCAAUUGUUAAACAAGCAUCCACCACAAAACAAUAUAUAUCUAUAAAAAAUAUAAAUAUACAUCCCAGAAACCUCAAUAUCGAACUGCACUCAUAUCGAGCCAAGUCAUGUUAUACGUGAGAAUGUUUUAUAAAAAUAAAGUGAGAAUUGUGUUGGAACAAAAA